AUGAUUCGCCAGUUAUAUGAAAAACAAAAAUAUGACCCACCAAUAGCUAGAAAUAUGACACCAAUCGCUGGAAAAAUAUUUUGGGCGCGUCAUUUAUACAAACAAAUUGAUAGGCCAAUGGAACAAUUUCAGAAAAAGUGUUCAGAAGUAUUAUGGGGACAGGAAGGUCAAAAAUGUGUGAAGAAUUUUAAUCGCAUCGCAGAAGCACUUGUUCAAUUUGAAUUAAUUUAUUAUCAUCAUUGGUGUCAAACUAUUGAAAAUGUACACUCUAGUUUGUCGUCGUCACUAAUUAUACGGAAUGCUGAUACAGAACGCUACCAUGUAAAUUUGGAUAUUGCCAUAUUGGAGUUAGUUCAUGAAGCUCGAUAUAUGUCAAGUUUAGGUUUGAACAUCCCAGUAGUGGCUGCUCGUUUAUUGAUUCAAGAAACUAUGCUUAAACAAAGACAUAAUACGUUGCAAGAACUACUCAAUGAAAUUGAAGAAACCUGGUCAUCUGUCCCCAGUGUAGUGCUACCUUUAUUCCAACCAUUCCGUAAUCGAAUAUGUCAAGCUCUCAGCUCGGGUAUUUACCUCUUGAACUGGAAUUCAACUAGCAUAGAUACAUUCAAGGAAAAAGUUCGUAAUGAACUUGACAGCCUACAACUUUUAAUUAAACGCACAACAGACAUUUUAAACUGUCGAAUUGAAGACGUUUUUGAAGAUAUGGCUUCAACAAGUUUAUGUGAUCUGCCAGAAGAUGACCAAGUCACCUUAGAUGAAUUCAUUCAGAUAACUGAAACCACUGUUGCAUAUGCUGCUGAAAGUUUGUCUCUUAAAAGUCACCUUGCAGAAAUGGCUGUGAACGAAAUGUUGGAUCUCAUUAAAGCAGAAAUGGAUGAAGAUGAUUUGAAAAAUCUAUGUUCAGAAUCUGGCUACGAAUGUAUAUCACAAGAUAAACGUCGAGGAAGAUGCCUUGAAUGUAAACCAUGUGUAUUUUUUACAUUUUUAAAUCAGUUCACACAGCGUAAUACAGAGGCAUUAAUUAAAUGUACUCGAAACACAUUAGAGUUUAUAAAAUUAAGAAUUCAGCCAACAUCAUUAAAAUUUCACCAGGAAAGGAGUCAUGAAAAAGAUGAGAAAAUAACACCAUUAUUUAGAGUUAAUCUUAUUCUAUCAAUACCAAAUGUUGUUAUGCAGCCGUCGUUGGAUGAAUUACAGACUGGGUUAAAUAAAGCAAUGUCAAUUAUUCUAAAGAUGGCACAAAAUGUCCAACCAUGGAAACAUAUGUUACUGACGCAAAAACAACAACAGAAAGAACUUGAUCAGUUGGCGGAAGCUCAAGGUGAAGAAGCAAAAUUAUCUUCAACAACAAUAAAACCUUUGCAUCGUAUUAUUGCUGAACAUAAAGAUGUUAUCAAAGUUUCAGUUCAGCUAAACACAAUAUUCAAUGGAUUUAAAGAACAAAUUCAAAAGGUUUCAAAUAGAUACAAUGAAUUUUCAGUCUUGUGGACAACGGAUCCUCAAACAAAUGUAGCCGAUUUCAUGAAGAAUGAACCAAUUCUAUCAGAAAUCAAUGCACAAAUGAAUUAUUAUUCUAAAAUGGAAAAGCUUAUCGAGCUAGUUUCAUCAUCCAGCCAAGUUGGUUCACUUGUAUUUAAAAGUGAUGAGCUUAAAGAGAGUUUAAUCAGAGAAUGUCAAACUUGGCGUCGUGCGUAUGGUCAAGAGUUGAACCAGCGAUGUGCAGCAGAAAUGACUAAAAUUCUGGAACAUUUUGAUAAUUUUACAAAGCGUCUAAGUCGACCGAUAAAGACUUAG